AUGGGCACGGAUCCCAUUGGAGAUAAGAGCCUGCUCAGAGCCCCUCAGAACACCCGAAUCCCCUCAGAGACUCUCAGAGCCCCUCAGAACACCCGAAUCCCCUCAGAGCCCCUCAGAGUCCCUUCAGAACACCCGAAUCCCGUCAGAGACUCUCAGAGUCCCCUCAGAACGCCCUCAGAGCCUGCUCAGAGCCCCUCAGAGCCCCCUCAGAGACUCCCAGAGCCCCUCAGAGCCUCCGAGACCCCUGAGAGCCUCAGAACACCCUCAGAGCCCCUCCGAGCCCCCUCAGAGCCUGCUCAGAGCCCCUCAGACCUCCCGAAUCCCCUCAGAGCCCCUCAGAGCUCCCUCAGAGACUCGCAGAGCCCCUCAGAACACCCGAAUCCCCUCAGAGCCCCUCAGAGUCCCCUCAGAACACCCGAAUCCUGUCAGAACCUGCUCAGAGCCCCUCAGAACACCCGAAUCCCCUCAGAGCCUGCUCAGAGUCCCUCAGCGUUCCCUCAGAGACUCGCAGAGCCCCUCAGAACACCCGAAUCCCCUCAGAGCCCCUCAGAACACCCGAAUCCCCUCAGAACCUGCUCAGAGCCCCUCAGAACACCCGAAUCCCCUCAGAGCCCCUCAGAGUCCCCUCAGAACACCCGAAUCCCCUCAGAGCCUGCUCAGAGCCCCUCAGAGUCCCCUCAGAACACCCGAAUCCUGUCAGAACCUGCUCAGAGCCCCCUCAGAACACCCGAAUCCCCUCAGAGCCUGCUCAGAGCCCCUCAGAGACUCGCAGAGUCCCUCAGAACACCCGAAUCCCCUCAGAGCCUGCUCAGUCCCUCAGCAUUCCCUCAGAGACUCCCAGAGCCCCUCAGAACACCCGAAUCCCCUCAGAGCCCCUCAGAGCCCCUCAGAACACCCGAAUCCCCUCAGAGCCUGCUCAGAGCCCCUCAAAACACCCGAAUCCCCUCAAAGCCCCUCAGAGUCCCCUCAGCGCUCCCUCAGAGCCCCUCAGAGUCCCCUCAGAACACCCGAAUCCCCUCAGAGACUCCCAGAGCCCCUCAGAACACCCGAAUCCCGUCAGAGCCUGCUCAGAGCCCCUCAGAACGCCCUCAGAGCCUGCUCAGAGCCCCUCAGAGCUCCCUCAGAGACUCCCAGAGCCCCUCAGAGCCUCCGAGACCCCUGAGAGCCUCAGAACACCCUCCGAGCCUGCUCAGAGCCCCUCCGAGCCCCCUCAGAGCCUGCUCAGAGCCCCUCAGACCUCCCAAAUCCCCUCAGAGCCCCUCAGAGACCCCCAGACCUCCCAAAUCCUCCCAGAGCCUGCUCAGAGCCCCUCAGACCACCUGA